UUGUCACCACCCCAGUGCUAAUUACCAAUGAUCACAUUCAAUGAGCAUAGAAAAAGAGCAAUCAAGUGCUCUGGUGUAAUGAAAUUCACCACCGCAGAGAGUGAUUUGCCCUGAUAAUUUGUCUUAGAAAAUCAACACGGAGCUAGGCAGCCAUAUUUGUCAAAGGCCCUCACAGCUUUAUGCAUCAGAGCCAGUCUCGAAGGUCUUGAACCUGUAACUGUAUGCUGUAAUAGCCUGAUGGGCUUCAUGAUUAGCCCAUCGAGCUGAAGACCAAGGCCUGUUCCCUCAGGGAAUGCGGCUUAAUCUGCCCCUUUCCCUCUGUUUUCUCUAUCUCUCCUUCUUUACUUAGAGCAGAGCUCAUCUUUUUAAUGCCGUCUGCAGUGGUUUCUAUUAGGAGAGAGCUCAUUUAUGUUCAUGAGGAAAGUCUUCAGAUAAGUAUAUUCUGGAGAGAAGUUUGUCAAAGGAGAAUUAAACUGAAAACUCUGACAGGUUUAUCUUAUUUAGAGUUUACUCUCACAAUUCCAUCUGAUCCCUCAGUGCCAGACUCCUCAGCUCCUCCCACUCAUUCCCGUUCCCCAGAAUACCAACCACCUGCACCUGCUGUCACCAAUCAGACUGCUAUUUAAACCACACCCACACCCACACUCACACCAUAGUGUGGAUUCUUUAUGUUGCCUUAUGUUCCUGAGUUGUUGAUCUCUGAAGUAUCUUCAUUAAAGUCUUGUUGAUUCUAUCCUCAUGUCUGUUGUGAUUCUCCCCAGACUGAACAAGUGUAGAUGGAUUCUGGGGCUGCCGCGUCCGAUUCCACCGAUCCCUUCACCAACCUAGUUCAACAGUUGUGUCAAGUGCUACUUCCUCAAACGAUUGCAGUGGCUUCAGUGCUCACUCCUCUUCGAAAUGCAGCCUCAGUGGUUCCCGACAAGAAGAACAAAAAUAUUGUAUAUUAUUUAAUUACUCACAGGCCACACUUUACAAUGGGCAAAGACCAUUUGGGAACAAGCCAGCACUAUCACACGAUCCCUUGAAGUGUUCACCAGCCAUUUUAAGGAGGUUUUUGGUCUAUUCCGCAUGUUGGUGUCUGCUAGUGGCUGGACUGAAGCAGCACUGAUUACAGCCCACCAAUGGUCUCUCACCUCUGCUGCAGCUGCAACUCUCUGUUUAUGAUGAUACCAUCGGCUUCGAAAACCUCAUCCAAUGCCCCAUCUGCAUUUCUCAGCGCAUGGCUCCGUGCCAUCAGGAAUUCUAUACCCUACAAUCCACGCUUGCUGUUGCCACUGCUUCACCUCCAGCACCAGCACCCGAGUCGAUGCAAGUGGAGACAUUCCACAUCUCCACAGAAUGCCAGCGGAGCAUCCAAAAUCAUCUGUGCCUUUAUUGUGGAGCUGAGGGUCAUCUUUUACAAGUGUCCUUUCUGACCACCCCGAAAUCUGAUGAUUGUAGUCUAAAUGCAGCCUUUCAUUACCUUGUUAAUACAUAUCACCAUAUCAGUCACUUCUUCCACCCUAUCUAUUACAGCCAAGGCUCUCAUUGACUCCAGCUUUGCCGGGAACUUCAUAUCAAGGAAGUUCCUCAGGCAUCUCUACCUCCCGAAAAUACCUUGCAAAGAGACCCUAAACAUCCAUUCCAUCAUGGGUAAACCACAGGAAAAAUAUAUAAUCAUGCACUGCUCACCCACCUUAACUCUAUGUAUUGGCUGCACUCACCAUGAGGAAAUUUUAUUGCAGGUGCUGGAAGGGUCGACCAUUGUCAUCAUCCUGAGGAGCUCGUGGCUUCAAGUUUAUUCCCCACACAUUUCAUGGAGUACGGUGGAAAUCCUGUCCUGGGGGAAGAGAUGUUUUGAGUGUCUAAGUCUCCCACAGAAAUCUACCCAUCAGAAUGUGCAGCCUUCCAUCUCGAUCCAAGUUGCAACUAACAAAAGUCCUAAUCAAGGUUGCAAAGUGAAAAUUCCAACCGAAUACAGGGCAUUCCAGGAUGUGUUCAGCAAACAGCUGGCCUCGAAGCUACCACCUUAUCAGCCAUGGGACUGUGCUAUUGAGCUGCCGCCUGGGGCUUCAUUGCCAAAGCGUAAGAUCUACCCAGUUUCCAUCUCUGAGCAAAAGGCCACGGAGGAGUAUGUAGAAGAGGCAUACAUCUACCUUUCUACUUCCCCUGCCGGUUCAAGCCCUCAAGCAGCAGUCAAGUUCCUCUGGUCCCAUCUGCCCUGGAGACUUUAAAGGGAGCCACCACCUUCACAAAGUUGGACCUGCGCAGCACAUACAACCUUAUUCGGAUACGGAGGGGAGAUGAGUGCAAGACAGCCUUCAUUACACCCACGAGUCACUAUGAGUAUCGAGACAUGCUGUAUGGCCUUCCCAACUCACCCUCCAUCUAACAAAGAUUCAUGAAUGAGGUGUUCCAGGACUAUCUCCAUUGCUUCAUGGUCAUGUACAUCAAUGAAAUGUUGAUCUAUUCCCGACUGACCAUCGUCUCUACGUUUCACAGGUCCUCCAGCAACUGCAGUGACACCAUUUCUAUCUCAAAUUAGAGAAAUGUGAGUUUCAUCAACCCUCUAUCCAGUUCCUGGGCUACAUACAUGCUACUAGAGUCAUGAGGGGAAGGUCCAAGCAUUCCAGAAAUUUCCACUUCCUUCCACCGUAAAAGAUCUUCAAAGAUUUUUAGGACUUGCCCACUUUUAUUGCCGUUUCAUUGUCAACUUCAGGAAGAUUUCUUCUCUCCACUCACCAUCAUGCUCCAUAAUAAGCUCAAGUCUCUGUCCUGACACCAACUGCCAUCUCAGCAUUCCACCAGCUGAAGGACGCCUUCACCACCACUCCUACACUGGUCCACCCGAAUACAGCACUGCCCUUCGUUGUGAAAGUGUACGCCUCAACAACAGGAGUCAUGGCCUCAUGUAACCCAGGAAGUGCAACAUUAUGAACAAGAUUGUCCCACCUGCGCCAUCUCCAGGUCACCACACCACCUGCCUGAAGGUAAACUUCACCCUCUGCCCACAUCACGCCGACACUGGUCACACCUAGGAGUUGAUUUCAUUACUGACCUUCCUGAGUCAGAUUCUCUCACCUGUGUUCUAGUAGCUGUCGACCCGUUCUCUUUCACAAAUUCACACUUACAAAUAAGUCAAUAAAUUGGUAAGCGUAUUUGGCGUGCUGUCCGGGGAGAGGGCUCCAAGCUCGGUAAUCGGCCCGAACACAGAGUACC